AUGGGAGAUAUGAAUGCUAAAAUAGGAUGGGAAGAAAUCUACAAACAGCAAGCGGGUUCUCACAGCCUACAUAAUGAAUCCAAUCUGAACGGAAUAAGACUUAUCAACUUCGCUGCAUCUAAAGGAAUGGUGAUAAGCAGCACAUCCUUUCCCAGGAAAAAUAUCCAUGAGGAAACAUGGGUCUCCCCGGAUAUGGCUACAUAUAAUCAAAUUGAUUAUGUGAUGAUAGAUGGCCGGCAUCGUUCUAAUGUUAUGGAUGUAAGGACCUUCAGAGGAGCAAAUAUAGAUUCGGACCACUACCUUGUUGGAGCCACGCUCCGAGCACGGAUCUCCAAAGUUAAAAAUAUAGAGGAAGCCAGACGCAAGAAGUUCAAUGUUGGUGCCUUGAAAGAGGACUCUUCUCAGAAAUUCAAAGACUGUGUCUGGAAUAAUCUGCGAGUUGAAGAGGGUGAAGAUCUAUCUGGGAUGUGGAGAAGCCUAAGGGAUGAACUGGAAAGGAUUGCAGAAGAUGUUAUGGGAGUGGAAAGGCAAGAACAGACCAAAACAUGGUUUGACUACAAAUGCCAAAAGGCAACAAACAAAAAGAACACAGCCUAUAAGAAGAUGCAGCAGAGCCGAGGGACAAGGAGUACAGCCGAACAGUAUAGAGCUAUGAGAAGAGCUGAAAAGAGGAUACAUAAGAAAAAGAAGAAAGAAUGGAAGAAGAAAGAGCUGGAGAUCCUAGAAGCUGCAAGAGAUAGGAAUGAGACAAGAAAGUUUUACAACAAAGUUAAUAUAGGAAGAAAGGGUUUCAUGCCAAGAACAACUUUGUGCAGAGCAAAGGAUGGUGAACUGCUGAGUGAGCCGGGGAAAGUUUUGCGAAGAUGGAAGGAGCACUUUGAAGAACUGUACCAUCCUGAAAUUCCACUGGAAAGGCUGGUGCGGGAGGUCCAAUUGGCAGUGGAGAAGUUGAAUAGAAACAAGGCACCAGGAGAAGAUGGAAUCCCAGCAGAACUUCUGAAAGAUGCUGGAGAUCACCUUGCUGAACAACUGCAAAAAGUGAUCCAUAAGGUGUGGGUGACAGAGCGGAUGCCUGAGGACUGGACAGUAGGACUUAUCUGCCCGAUACAUAAAAAAGGGGAUCAAAUGGAAUACUGUGAUAGGCUGGCCACCUUAUUCGGGCAGAUGAGACAUACCCACCAAGGAGGCUCAUGCUGUACAGGAUGGAAGGGAGGCGAAGACCAGGAAGGCCGAGACUGCGCUGGAUGGACGGUGUUGACAAGGACGCACAAGUGA